UCUAUAACCUAUUUCUUGUUCCCUCUCAAUCCCCAUUAUUCCUUCUCCAACUCUCAUUGGUUACAGUUUACACUAAAAAUAUGGUGGUUUCUUUGACACUACCGACUCGAUUAGGCUUAUCAUCCCGUUUUACAAGCUCAGGCUCCAUCUCUCUAUCUACCCACCGAAAUCCAGCAAGAUUAGUUGCUUCUGGUUUGUCGAAUUUCCAUGGAGUAUCAAGUACUAAAAUUGACGGAUUAAAGCUGAAAGACCAGAAUAAUGGCAGCCAUGGUGUAAUAGAAGCAAAGAAAGGGAACCCACCUGUAAUGCCAGCUGUGAUGACACCAGGAGGACCUAUAGACCUUUCAUCUGUGUUGUUCAGGAAUCGCAUUAUCUUCAUUGGUCAACCAAUUAACUCGCAAGUUGCUCAGCGAGUAAUAUCACAGCUUGUAACACUAGCAGCUAUUGACGAGAAUGCAGAUAUUCUGAUAUACCUGAACUGCCCUGGUGGAAGUACAUAUUCUGUAUUAGCAAUAUAUGACUGCAUGUCAUGGAUAAAGCCAAAGGUGGGCACAGUCUGUUUUGGGGUGGCUGCAAGCCAAGGAGCACUUCUUCUUGCUGGGGGUGAAAAAGGAAUGCGUUAUUCAAUGCCAAAUGCACGCAUUAUGAUACAUCAACCCCAGAGCGGAUGUGGGGGUCACGUGGAGGAUGUGCGACGUCAAGUUAAUGAAGCUGUUCAAUCUCGCCAUAAAAUUGACAUGAUGUAUGCUGCUUUUACUGGCCAGCCUAUUGAGAAAAUAGAGCGGCAAACCGAAAGGGAUCGCUUUUUCUCUUCUGCCGAGGCUUCGGAGUUUGGUUUAAUUGAUGGUGUGUUGGAAACUGAAUACUGAAAUUCAAAGAUUGGCAACAGGAUAAUGAUAAUUCUAUGCAUUUGAAUUGCCAUGGUACACAGACUGGUCGAGAUAACUCGCUAUCCUAAACAUUAAACCAAACUUUUAAAGUAGAAGAAUCAUUGAUCUUGAGCUCCGCGAAGUCAAGUUUUUACGUUUAAAUACCAAUACUGGAGGUGUAAUUUUGGCUGUCUGUAAAGAGGGCAUUUCAUGAAAAUGCAGCAUUUAUGAAUCAAGUAAAUUACUUACAAUCUAAUCUUUGUACAAUAGACACUGUUGUUUGUUUCGAUUUCACAUUUAGUUUAUUAUGGAUAUGCUCGGGAAGAGUUUCUGUUUUGGAUAUCAGUUUAA